UAAACUGAGAAGCCGUAGGUCGGCGCAGGAUGUUUAAGAAUUACAGUUUCCAGUUUCCAAUCCGGUUCGGAUAUGUAAUUUUGUGCAAGGAGAAGACGGCGUUCGAUGCUGCAAUGCGAUAGCAUAUGAUAGAGAGAGAAGAACUGCUUCAGCACAGAGAUUUUCUGCAGAAGGAGCAGACUUUGCUGUCAAAUUUUUCUCACCAUUUGUGGUAGCAUUUGGGGAAAUUUUCUUUAAAUCCAAGCACUGAUGAGGCCAUCAUCCUCAAAACAUGGUGCUGAGAGCAACCGUGGUGUUAGUGGCCACAUGUUCACUCUUCAUCAGCGCCUUCACCAUGCUCUUGGUCUCGGACUUGGAUAUUAUGAUGACAAAGGACCAAACUGGAAUUUUACAGACUUUGACAGACAAAAGCUUGUAAUCCGUUCCAUUGAUGCCUUUCUUGAUUGUUUAUCUCUUGAGACAAUAAGACACCCCCUUGUAAAGGAUUCAAUCCCUGGUAUGAUUGGAGCAUUGGGAAGUAUUCUUGGAUCAAAAAGUCAAGAUACUUUGAUUUUGGCCUCUGAACUUGCUGUAAAGAUCGUCAGUGUUUUGCCAAGUUCAAUGCUGGAAUCUCAUUUUCCUGUUCUUGUUUUUCCUUUAUCAUCCUUGUUAUCUUCCCACCAGUCACAGAUUUCUAUUUCAUCUGCCACUGCCUUGAAUUUCAUUCUUUCAAAUCUGAGUACCAAAAGAGAGAAGGAAGUUUGGGAGAUUUUGAAACAAAGGAAUGUGGUUGGUGAUAUUGUCCUAAAUGUAAAGGGAUUUUCAAUAGGCAAUAAACCAAUUGAGUUCUUUCAAGAGAUGGCUUCUCUUUUGAGUAAAAUACUGCAGAGGUGGCCAUCUUCUAGGUUCUGUGUUUAUACUGAUAUCAAAUUGUUGGAUCUUUUGGAUACUCUCUCAUUUCACCCUGAGAUCUCCAUAAAAGCUUCUGUAUUACAGAUCCAUUCUGCUAUAGCUUUGUGUCUCAAUGGAGCGAAGAAGAUUUUGGAAAAUGGGGAAACUCUUCUGAAAAUGAUGGUUGACAGUAUGGACAUAUCAAAACCCUAUUCAAUUCAAAUGGAAGCAUUCAAACUGGCUCAAUGUCUAAUGAUGAGUGAUGAAGAAUGCUCAACAGUUAUUAAAAUAUGUGGUGAGUCCAUUGUGAAAGCCAUAAUUACUAGAAUGGGCAAUUUGAGUUCAGGUCAAAAGCUUGCUAAGGACCAAAUGUCAACACUCCUGGAGGCAUGCCGUUUAGCUCUAAUCACACGUUGGGUUGGGGAACAUCAUCAUUACUUCUGGAAAGCAGGAAUUGAUGGAGUCCUUCUAAAUCUUCUGCUGGACAAUUUUCAUACAGAUUACCAUUCUUUACAUUUCUUGCCACUACGAGAACAAAUUGUCAAAAUAAAGCAGGGUCUCCAAACAAGUUUUUGUCUACCAUUAAGACCAUAUGUUUGGGAUAUUCUUGGAUAUCUUGCAGCACAUUCCGCAGAAGAUUGCAAUCCAAUGAUGCACGGGCAUGAAGCUUCUUUUAAUACACUUGUUGUGUGUGCAUGCUUAGCCUUUGUGGACUCAAUCAGUGUGUCACACCAGAUUGAUCAAGUUAUUUAUGCACUUGAAUCAGUGUCUAGAGCAGUUCUUAUGAUGAUUUAUUCUCCUUGGAAGUAUCUUGCAUAUCAAACAAGAUUUAUAAUAUCUGAAGUCUUAUCCUCAAGUAGCAAGGAUUAUGUGGAAUAUCUUUUGAAUACUUUAAGAACCGCAUCUUCUGGUAAUAAGGUUGGAAUGCCUUCCAAUCUUAAGAUUGCCAUAAGCUUGAUGAAUUUGGCAUGUUAUUCAGGUCUACCAAAAUAUCGGAAGCAUGUUAUUGAGCAUCAAGGAGUAACCAUUUUGUUAACUUUCAUACGAUGGUGGAUACUCAAUCCUAUAUGCAUAAGAAGGAUAUAUCUAGCUCCACACUUGGGUAAUCAAUUUUGUCUGAGAGCCUGUUGCUGGUGCCAUUCUGCUGAUUGGGAAGGUGAAGAAAUACUUUUACUUUUGGGUCUUUGGUGUCUUGCCGAGUUAGUAGGGAACUCUAGUUCAUCUGAGGAUCAUGUUGUUCUGUCCAACUAUCUGGUGGGUGCUGAUAAAGUCCAAUUCAUAGAGGAACUUCAACAGAUCUGUUACAACAUUUCUUCUCCUGGAUCAAGAUGGUAUGUUGCAUACAUUCUUUGGCAUCUUGGAUUCUAUGGAUUCCCAACUAAAUUUGGACAAAGGGUUCAGAAGGCACUUAAUGAAAAUCAAAAUUCUGAUUUGGAACUUAUCCUUGCAAGUCAGGAAUCUAUUUAUGUUCAUGGUAUUAUUCUUUCAGUCAGGUGUCCUUCAUUGUUGCCAUCCAAAGAACUUAAAGAGAAAGUGUCUUUUGGUUCUUUUUCUAAGCAGGAUGCGGAGACGCAUGAGAGGUUGAUAAACAAAGUUCAGCUCUCUGCUCAAGUUGAUCACCAGACAUUAGCUAAGUUGUUAGAAUAUGUUUACUCUGGAUAUUUUGAAGCUGGUGAAGACCUUGUGAAAAGGUUGAAACUAUAUGCCAAACAUUGCAAUUUGCGUCCUCUACUGCAUAUGCUUGACAGGAGGACACCAAAAUGGGGAAAUCCUCUGCCAAGAUUUGAUCUUACUUGUGCUCUUGAGUCAGCUGGAUAUCAAUUCUCGGAUAUUAUCUUAGAAGCUAAAGCUGCCGACCUUCCUAGUUGGAGAUGCAGUGUUUGCUGCUCAUUGGUUCCACACUAUCAUCUUCACAAAGUUGUACUAUGGUCAAGCUGUGAUUACUUUCGAGCACUAUUCCAAUCAGGAAUGCAAGAAAGCCAUUUACAGACAUUGAAGGUACCUGUCAACUGGGAGUGUUUAGUUAAGUUAGUGAAGUGGUUCUACUCUGGUGAGUUGCCUAGACCCAUUUCGGGAUGCAUAUGGGAUAACUUGGAUAUCCAGGAGAAGCAAAAAGAAGUUGGGCCAUAUGUUGAGCUACUUUGGUUCACAGAAUUUUGGCUCUUAGACGAGUUGCACGAGGAUUGCUUUAGUGUGAUCGAGACGUGUUUGGAUUCAUGUGGAGACUUGUCGAUUAAACUGAUCCAACUCGCGGCAGAUCACUCUCAGUGGAAGCUAGUUGAAUUGUGUACCAAGUAUGCUGCUCCUUUAUACCAUCGCAUACGCAAUUGUGGCGAGGUAGAUGCAAUGGAUGAGAACCUUGUGGAAAUGAUCCGAGCUGCCUCAGUCCGACUUUCUCAAGAAAAACACUACUAAUAUUUCUGCUACUAAUUUGUCAAGUAAAUUGGUUGGAGAAACUCUGUGCAGGUACGGUAAAGGUAUAAUACUAUCUCAGUAUUUUGUUCAAAAAUCAGAGGAAACUAAUGGGGAAGCAAGCAACGUACCCCCUAUAUAGUAAGUAGUAACAGAGGUGAGCACGGGUCAGGUCGAGUUCCACCUGAGCUAAGAAGGUUUACCCGAAAAUUUUCAGGUCUUAUAUUUUAAAAUUUGAAAAUCGAAUUGAAAAUUAUCGGGAGUUCUUCGGGUUCUGGUAUUUUGGAUUUGACCUAGAUCGGGUUUGGGUGAUUUAAUUUGAAAUUGUAAAUUUGUUUUCUGAAAAACUGAACAUUCUGAAAUUUUAAAUGUUGAGGCUUUUUGGCAAGAAAAUUAUUUAAGGAUGGGAA